AUGAUAUACAACGAGGGAAACACUGCGGAUGUACCGCAGGUAGACCUCCUCACAUUCCUCUUUGAAUCGAGACAUUGUGCUGCCGUAGAAAGCACGCCCCUCCACGCAGAGGCCGACGACCCAUCCAAUGUCAUCACCAAGGCCAAGGCCCGCGUGUUGACGCAGCAGAUAGCGCACUUCCUUCGCAGCCGGUACGCCAUCGGCAAAAACGGCCCGGGGAAGGACGUGGUCGUGACGCUGUCCACGGGCCAGUCCGGACUUCCGUGUCUGUUCUUCGGGGUCGUAGCAGCGGACGGUGUAUACUCGGCUGCGAGCCCAGCUGCCACUGCUGAUGAGAUCGCCCGCCAGAUCGGCGAAGGAGAUGCGAAGGUACUUGUCUGCAGCCCUGACGUGCAGGCGCUGGCUGUCGCCGCCGCGGCACUCGCAGGUAUGCCCCGCGAGAAUAUUCUCGUUCUGGAACCGAAGCCAACCAUGAGGCUCGCGAACAUCGACGCGACUGCGAGCUGCAGCUUUGGCAAGGAGCAACUAGCAUGGCGCAUUAUCACGGACCCCAAAGAGCUGCAGGAAUCCCGGAUAUGCAUACUCUACUCAUCAGGUACCACGGGGCUGCCAAAGGGGGUCCUGAUCUCCCAUGCGAACAUGGUUGCAGAGGCUUUCUUGCCAGCCUAUAUCAAUCGGCCAAUAUGGCACGCCUGGGCUGCGGCGGGCAAACCCUUCGAGUCCAGAACCUUGGCGCACCUGCCUACGCCGCACAUCUCGGCCGUCCAGGGGUACUUCGUGAACCCUUUCUAUGACGGCGGCAUCGUGUACUGGAUGUCCAAGUUCGACUUUGGGGAUUUCCUGAAGUACAACGUCCAGCUCCGGAUCACAACCUUCUUCAGCGUACCGAGGAUAUACCUGGCUCUUGCCAAGCAUCCGGUAGUCACGAACCAGUUUGCCUCUCUCCGGAUUGCGUACUCUGGCGCUGCGCCUCUGUCUAGGGAGGUCAUCGAAAGCACCAAGUUCGGUGGCGACGGUGAUGGUAGGACAUUGCUCAGCGAGACGUGGGGGGCCAGUGAGACGACUGGAGCAGUGACGCAUAUGGCUCCCAACAGACGGGACGUAUCUGGCAGUGUAGGCGCACUGUUGCCGAACAUGACUAUGCGGCUCGUGGACGAGAACGAUAACGACGUCCAGCCAGGCCAGCCUGGCGAGGCACUGCUUCAAGGGCCUGUUAUUACACAGGGAUAUCACAACAACCCCGAGGCCAACAUCGUCGGCUUCAAGGAUGGCUGGUACCGCACAGGCGAUGUCAUGCAAAUGAAGGGCGACCUAUUAUACGUCGUCGGCCGAAGAAAGGAAAUCAUCAAAUACCACGGCUACCAGGUGCCACCAGCAGAACUGGAAGCCAUCCUCUGUGGUCACCCAGCCAUUGCCGAUGCAGCCGUCGUCGGCGUACCUGCCGAAGAGACCGAGGUGCCGCGGGCUCUGGUGGCGCUGAAGCCGCACAUCCAGCUCGGCGAGGUGACCGAGAGUGAGAUUGUGGAAUAUCUAGGACAGCGAGUCAGUGACCACAAACAGUUACGUGGUGGUGUCGGAUUCGUGGAGGCGAUUCCGCGGCUUCUGUCUGGGAAGAUCUGGCGAGCUAAGUUGCCUGCAUUGGCGGGACAGGCUGAUAACAGUAGCUAA